AUGAACACUUCACUCUUCGUUCUCCUAGUUAUAUUUUGCGACGUAGUUGAGUGCAUCAAAGUGCAGUCGAGCAUUGCCAAUCUUGUGGAUGACAUCAUUACCCAACUGACGCGUUCUGAACCUGGCAGCCAUGACGUGGUCCUCGCAGGUCUAAAAGAUCCGAUUCUGGAAGACGCCUUUCAAUCACUUUCCUCAAGAAGUGAAGUAACGUUCCAAUUCCUUCAAAGUGGGAUUUUUGCUGAAUCCACAUCGGGAAAGAAAAUCUCACUCCUUUUUGUGGAUUGUGCGGACAUGACGAAUUUGGUACAACUCAAUGUUUUGAUGAAGAAAAUGGCAAAAUGUGGCAUGUGGCAGUCAAAAACUAAAGUUGUAGUUUUUAUGCGAAAAGCUCGAUCAAAUUUGAUGAAAAGUUAUCAAAAAAAUUUGUCAUUGUAUGGCACUACGAGUGCUUUAUUCGUUGAAAUUGAGGAUUUUUCGGUUCGUUACUUUAUGAUGAAAAUCUUUGACAAGACUAUCAAAUCAGUCAAGACACCUAUAAAUGCUUUGUUUGCUUCAAGUUUUCGCAAUUUGAUGCAAUAUGAGUUUAAGAUUCGCAUAAAUCCUGCAAUUCCUUUUCAUCAUUACGUUAGUGAGCACCGUGCGCUUGGUAUUGAUGUCGAAAUCGUGGAAAUAAUCGUCAAACACCUGAACGGAUUUGUAAAAUAUUAUAUGUUAUAUCCAGAUAUAAAUGUUCAAAAUCAACAAUUUGAUUUGUCAUUACAAUAUUUAAGAAACCUCGAACACGUCGAUCACGUGUUUCUGCCAAAUCAAGAGCAAGUUUGUAUAACUGUACCAAAGAAGCAUAACAGAGUAAUGUUUAUUCAAUUAUUUAGACCAUUCAGUGGCGAAGUUUGGAUUUUUGUUGUGACUGUUGCGUGUUAUCAUUUAAUAUUUCAAAAUCAUGUGACUCGUCUGAUUAAAAAACGACUUUCAAGCAGAUUUCAAAUAAUACAACCAACUUUGAACAUAUUCUGCAAACAUCAUGUUAGAUUUUUCAUUGUGACAACACAAAUUUUAAACUUCAUUUUGAUUGAGGCAUAUCUAGCUAAAGUUAUAACAUUUCUUACAACUAUGCAAUAUGAACCAAAUCCACGCACAUUAACUGACUUGGAUCUUCGCCGACAAUCAUUUAUCGUCAACCAACAAGAAGCCUAUAUUCUAAGCAACUACCCAAAUUUGAAGUUGGUACACUAUUCAAACAAAAAUCCGGAUUUCUUCGAAAAAUAUGCAACGGUGGUGUACUGUAAAAUAGCUGAAUACUGGUGCCACAGUAAAGUGAAUUACAAUCCGGAGACCAACGAUCAAAAAGCUUUCAUUUUGGACGAACGGCCAGCAUCCGUGAUGAAUUUUUACUCAUUUCGUAAAUUCAGUCCAUUUUCCGAGCUGUUCCAGGAUUACAUCAACCAAUUGGCGGACACGGGAAUCUGGAGUAAGAUCUACAAUCAGUGGUCCACCUCGCUGGGCCAGUUUGAAACGUUUCUCGAGAAUAAUGAUCGUUUGAUUACAUUUGACGAUAUGGUAUCGCUUUGGGUUGUUACUACUGUAGCUUAUUUAAUUUGCAUUUGUGUUUUUAUUUGUGAAUUAAUUCUAACAAAUAUGAAAAAGAAAGAGCAAACUGUGACAAAAUUGAUUUCAAAGUUUGAAUGUAAAAUAUAAAUGUUUAGUUUUAUCUUGAUAACUUUCAAAAAUCAUUUCAAAACAGUAAUCAUGCUUAAUUGAAUAACGUCAUAUUUUAAUACCUGCUAUGUAUGAAAAAGUAAAGUUUAGAUUUAAGUAAAAAGACAUAUAUGCAAAGAGAAACCUAAGGCAUAAAGAUAAAAAAAAAACAGAAUUUUCGCUAAACGAAGACAACACUGCAAAAUAGAACAAAUGAUUUCAAUCGUCUUAAAUUAAUAGUCUCCAAACCACAUAACCUAAUUAAAAAAGUUUCUCAUGAUUGAAAAACUAUAAAUCAAUUUCCAUCAAAAACCUCACUUUCCAAGAGAACAUUCAAGUUGACCAAAAUCAUGUUUUACUACUUACUUAAAAUAUUUCUGUUGUCUUGUUUUUAGUUUUGAGGAGGCAAAUAUAUUUCAAAAACUUCUUAACAUAAUGUAUUUUCACUAACGAUGUCCACACGAGCAACAACCAAAGUAGAUUUCAAUAACUUUUGCAAUAAACACCAAAAAACUUCAAAAAUGUCUAACGCCAAUGCUCCGUUCUAAAAAGUACUGCUCAAACUAAUUCUGGUAAAAUUUUCUAAACGUCGCAACUCUCUAUUUCAAAUGCCUUUUUAUGAUUUAUCUUAGGGAAUACCGGCAUAAAUGUAUGCUGUAGGUCGAGCAGCUAUAAAAAAAACUGUUGAUAAGAUUUCUGCCUAAUAUGAGUCAGCACAAUGUUUUCAUGCUGAAGCGAAUAUUUGUAUAUAUAAAUGUA